AUGUCCGGGCAAGGUCCAACCUAUCAAGCAGACGUUCGGUUUCGUGUCGAGGGAUAUGAUGAAGUGGCUCGUCAUUGGAAACCUUCAAAUGAGAGUCGACGAGCAAGACAACAACCACCUCUAAAUCAUCCACAAAUAACCAGUAUGUUAGACCCAUCUGUAUGGCGUCCAUCAGUGCCAAAGGAACAACAUGACCGUGCAGAUCUUCGUCAUCAACUUUUAAUUCGUCCUGGAAAGGCGCCACCACAGCAAAAUCAAAAUGACAAUGGCUUCAACGAGCAACUUUCUACAAUACCGAAUGCCACUCCUCAACUUAUCUCGCACAAUGUUAAUGUUGAAGCGACCGAUGGAAAGUUUCAAAGAACUUUGCUUCCCACGAAACCAAAUGUUGCGGAAGUGAAAAAUAGAUUAACGGCAAUAUAUGCAGACAAAGCAAACGAUUCAACGUCGUCAUCGAGCACCAGUCAAACUGUCACUUCUGCUUUAUCGAUCUCAACACCAGCUGUUACGACACAAACUACAUCGAGCUCUUCAAUAGUUUCUCAAUCAAGUACCACUCAAAGAACGCAACAUCGCGCUACAACAACACCUAAUUUCCCGGCUUGUGAACCUUGUGGAGAUUCUUUGAAAUUUCAAGAACAACCGACGCCGAUUUUGUAUUCCGAAAGUGCCAACUCAAACAAAACUCGACUCGUCGAGGAACUUCCUCCCAUGGACAAUAAAUUAGUUGCACCGAUUUCUGCUAGAAUUUCAUCGGCUUCGACUGGACAAACAAAAAAUGAUGAGACAACAGCAUACGGGGACGAGACGUCUUGCGAACCUUCACCACAAACAGCCGUGCCAUCUCCAACCGAGAUUGCUACUGAAGUAACGACAGCAAGUGCACAACCUCACAACGAAGUUGGACAUUAUCCGCCCGAUGAACAGUAUAUGACUUAUCAAGAAUUUCUCACGAAACAUGCACAGGUGACCGGCUUAAAUGCUCCAACUAGAACUUCACAUGGUAAAUAUGACCAACCAGUGCAAAAGCUCGAAACCGAUAGUUGCGCAAAUUGGGUGGAGAUGCGAUGCUGGGCUGUGUUGGGGAUUUUCAUUUUUUUCCUCUACAUCUACCACCUCUGGUUGCCUCAAAUCAUGCAUUGUGGUCAAAUUGAU